UGCUAAUCGUAAUAUAUGAAAUAACCUAAUAAUACAUUAUACAUAUAUAUAUAUAUAUAUAUAGAAACUUUUUAUAAAAUAUGGCGGAAAAAGAGAUAGAGACGUUGAAGGGGUUCACCCUGCAGAACAUGUUCGCCAUGGAGUUGGGAAAAUACCAAGAUAUAGCCAAGGAGAUCGUGAUGAACGCGGUGAAAGAGUUGUCGAUAGAGAAAGGUUUGAAAGAUUUGGCCGAGGUGUGGAAAAUGUUGGAGUUCACGGUGGUGAAACAUUACAAGGGAGUCGAGGACCGCGGAUUCAUCCUGGGUCCGACGGACGAGAUGAAUCAGAUUUUGGAGGACAACAUGAUGAACGUGAACGCGAUGGCCGCCUCCCAGUUCAUCGGCCCGUUCCUCGACACCGUGCAAAAAUGGGAGACGAUCAUGCACACCAUCUCCGAGGUUCUCGAAUUGUGGCUGCAAUUGCAGAGGAGGUGGUUGUAUUUAGAGGGUAUAUUCGUGGGCGGUGACAUAAGGAUGCAAUUGCCCGAGGAGGCGAAGAGGUUCGACGACAUCGACAAAUCAUUCAAAAAGAUCAUGAUCGACACGUCCAAGAGGUUGAACGUGCUCGACUGUUGCAUGGUCAAAGGUCGACACGAAGAGUUCGAAUCGAUGAUAAACGCAUUGGACAAGUGUCAAAAAUCGUUGACGGAUUACUUGAACAGCAAACGGGCAGUUUUCCCGCGAUUCACGUUCCUCAGCGACGACGAGUUGCUGAACAUCCUCGGUAGCGGUAUACCGACCGCCAUUCAAGAACACGUGGGCAAGAUGUUCGACAAUUUGGACAAAUUCAGGUUCGAGCUGAGCGAGACCGAGCGCGAGAUAGUGACAGCGUUGAUCUCCGCCGAGGAGGAGGUGAUGGAGUUUAGAAACGUGGUGUUGGCCGAGGGGAAUAUCGAGGAAUGGAUGGUGCUCGCUUUGGAGGAGAUGAAGAGGUCGAAUCGAUACCUCACCAAAAAAGCAGUCUUCAAUUAUGGAAAGGUGAGGAGACCAAGAACGGAAUGGAUGCUCGAAUUUCAAGGAAAUAUGGUCCUGUGCGCUAAUCAAAUAUGGUGGACCGCCGAGGUGGAGGACGUGUUCGUGAGAAUUUCUCACGGACAGAUGCAGGCGAUGAAAAACUAUUUGAAGCAGCUGAACAAUCAGUUGAACGAAGUGGUGACGCUGAUGGGUGCCGACACGUUGACGGACAAUGACAGGAAGAAAUUCGACAUGGUGUUGACGAUCGACGUUCACAUGAGGGAUAUCGUGGAAGGUUUCGUCAGGGACAGCAUCAUAGAUCCUUCGGAAUUCGAAUGGGAGAGUCAAUUACGAUUUUAUUGGGUUCACGAUCUGGACAACGUUUGGGUCCACCAAUGCACGGGCGUGUUCGAAUACGGUUACGAGUAUAUGGGAUUGAACGGGAGACUCGUGGUCACGCCUUUGACGGAUAGAAUAUACUUGACCAUCACGCAAGCCCUGUCGAUGCAUCUAGGAGGCGCGCCCGCGGGUCCCGCCGGAACGGGGAAAACGGAGACUACGAAAGAUUUGGCAAAAGCUCUGGGAUUAUUGUGCAUUGUGACUAAUUGCGGCGAAGGUAUGGAUUACGUGGCGAUAGGAAAGACGCUGGGCGGCCUGGCACAGUGUGGCGUAUGGGGAUGCUUCGACGAAUUUAAUCGCAUCGACAUAUCCGUGCUGUCCGUCAUCUCCACGCAGCUUCAGACCAUACGAUCCGCCUUGAUAGCGAAAGCGUCUAGAUUCACGUUCGAAGGCGUCGAUAUAGCGCUCGACACGAAAGUUGGGAUAUUCAUCACGAUGAAUCCGGGAUACGCGGGUCGAACGGAGCUUCCAGAAUCCGUGAAAGCGUUGUUCAGACCCGUGGUGUGCAUAAUCCCGGAUAACGAGCUGAUCUGUCAGAUCAAAUUGUUCAGCUCCGGCUUCUUGACCGCCAAAGUUUUGGCCAAGAAAAUGACAGUCCUGUACAAACUGGCACGCGAGCAACUGAGCAAGCAGAAUCACUACGACUUCGGGCUGAGGGCGCUCAAGUCUGUGCUCAAUAUGGCCGGCCACUUGAAAAGGACAUCCGGCGAUUUGUCCGAGAAUCUGGUGCUGAUGAGAGCGCUACGAGACAUGAAUCUUCCUAAAUUCAUCUUCGACGACGUCCCACUCUUCCUUGGAUUAAUAGCCGACCUGUUUCCCGAACUCGACUGUCCCAGGGUUCAUUAUCCCGAUUUUAACGAUGCCGUUGAUUUCGUGAUACAAGAGCAAAGCUAUAUGCAUUUACCCGAACAGGUCGAUAAAGUGAUUCAAUUGUACGAAGUGAUGAUGACGAGGCACUCGACGAUGAUAAUCGGGCCAACAGGAGGCGGAAAAACCGUCGUGAUCGAAACGCUUUGCAAAGCGCAGACUCGGCUCGGCAUGCCUACCAAACUCUACACCUUGAACCCGAAGGCGUGUACCGUGAACGAGUUGUACGGCGUGUUGGAUCCGACUACGCGCGAUUGGACGGACGGCUUGUUGAGCAAAAUUUUUCGAGAGGUGAACAAACCGUUGGACGACAAAAGCAAAAGCGAGAAAAGAUAUAUUCUGUUCGACGGUGACGUGGACGCCCUCUGGAUCGAGAAUAUGAAUUCCGUGAUGGAUGACAACAAAUUACUCACUCUGGCUAACCAAGAGAGAAUCAGAAUGCUAGGUCAUUGCAGUCUAUUGUUCGAGGUAGGCGACUUGCAGUACGCCUCACCAGCCACCGUGUCCAGGGCAGGUAUGGUGUACGUGGAUCCGAAGAACCUGGGCUAUCAGCCUUACAUGGACAAAUGGAUACGCAGUAAGAGCGAAUCGGAUCGGGAGACGUUGACCUCGAUGUUCGAGAAAUACGUGGAUGGAGCGAUUACCUACAUUAUAGAUGGAAUGUUCGGAUUGCAGCAGCUCAAACCGCUUAAAAUGAUCAUACCGCAAACCGGAUUGAACAUGGUAGUACAACUUUGCCACGUGUUCGAUGCUCUUCUCGUGCUUUUGGACACUGAAUUGGCCUCUCUUCUCAAAGUUGACGAAGACGAAGAAAUAAAGAUAGAACCACAAUAUUCCAGAGAGGAAAUUUUCGAAGCAAUGUACAUUCAAGCUUUGUAUUGGUCCUUAGGAGCGUCUCUAGUCGUAGAAAAUAGACCCGAGUUCGACGAUUAUAUAAAGAAAACUUGCGGUUUCAUGCUUAUACAGGAUACCAUUGAAAAACCAGCUACCGUGCGAUACAUUCCCGUGACGAAUAAAUUGUUGUACGAUUACUUUUUGGACUUGAAAGAAAAUAUCUGGGUCCCAUGGAAGUUAAAAGUUCCCGAAUAUAUACACGACAGGAAGAAACAUUUUUCCGACAUCUUGGUUCCUACUAUAGACACUUUGAGAACUAUGUGGUUCGUUCAAAUAAUGAACGAACGAGAACGACCAGCACUUUUGGUCGGAGAGACUGGCACCUCGAAAACUGCUAUCAUUCACGAGUUUCUUCGACACUUGAGCACCGAAAAAUACAAUCAACUCAUGAUAAAUUUCUCGUCGAGAACGACCUCGAUGGACGUGCAAAGAAACAUAGAGGCUGUCGUGGAGAAGAGAACGAGAGAAAUUUACGGGCCACCUCCUGGUAAAAAAUUGUUGAUCUUCAUCGACGACAUGAACAUGCCAGUGGUGGACACUUACGGUACCCAACAACCAAUCGCUUUUCUCAAAUUUUUAUUCGAGAAAGGUGGCUUUUACGAUCGUGGAAAGGAUCUUUCCUUGAUGUACAUGAAAGACAUGUGUUAUUUGGCAGCGAUGGGAAAACGUGGAGGAAGGAACGAAGUGGAUCCAAGAUUCAUCUCCAUGUUCUCCAUCUACAAUGUUGUAUUUCCCGCGGACGAGACCCUCGAUUACAUCUACAGAAGUAUUCUGGUCGGGCAUCUGACGAUAUUUUCAGAAGAAGUGCAAGAAAUCGCGAAAACUUUAGUUGAAAUCACUUUGCAACUUUAUAAGAUAGUUUUGGCCGAGCUAUUACCAACACCGAACAGAUUCCAUUAUAUUUUCAAUAUGAGAGAUUUGUCGAGGAUCAUGGCGGGUCUUCUUCAAUCCCAUCCCGAUUAUUUGUCAACGGUGAAACAGAUCGUUAGACUUUGGAGAAACGAGUUCACCAGAAUUAUAUGCGAUCGUUUGAUAAACGAAACCGAUACGAAGAUCGUAACCGAUCAUAUGAAGAAAAAGAUCGAAGAAAGUUGGGAAGAGGAUCGCAAAGUGAUCGAAUACGUGAUGAGGGAUCCGUUGCUGUUCGGUGAUUUUCGAAACGCGAUUAACGAGGACGAACCAAGAUUUUACGAAGAUCUGUUGGAUUACGAGGCUGUCUACAGUUUGUUCUUGGAGAUUUACGAGGAUUACAAUGAAAGAAACGUGAGCAAAUUGCACAUGGUCCUUUUCAACGACGCGCUCGAGCAUCUGACCAGGAUACACCGUGCCCUCAGGAUGCACAAAGGCCACGUUCUAGUGAUCGGUAUAGGCGGAAGCGGGAAGAAGUCGGUGAUCAAAUUGGCAGGGUACGCGGCAGGCUUUCAAACGUUUCAAAUUAGCCUCGCUCGAGGCUACAACGAGCCCGCGUUUCGCGAGGACAUGAAGAAUUUGUACAACAUGGUUGGUGUGGAUAACAAGAAGAUCGUGUUUUUAUUCACCUCCGCUCACAUUAUCGAUGAAAGUUUCUUGGAGCUGGUGAACAACAUGUUGCUGACCGGGGUGGUACCAGCUUUGUUCACCGACGAGGAGAAGGACGAAAUAAUUCAUGCUUGCAGGAAUCAGGCGAUAGAGGCUGGCUUUGGCGUCACCAAAGAAAACGUAUGGUCGUAUUUCGUGAAAAUGAGCCUUGAAAAUUUACGAAUAGCGCUUUCGAUGAGUCCAUCGGGAGAUCUGUUAAGGAUGAGAUGUCGAAGUUAUCCUGGCCUCGUUAGCAGUACCACCAUAGACUGGAUGUUCCCUUGGCCGGAACAAGCAUUGAUUUCCGUGGCUAAUGUCACUCUUAGCGAUAAUCCAAACGUACAGGAAAAUUUCAGAGAUGUUAUAGUGGAGCACAUGGUGCUCACUCAUAGAACCGUCUGCGAGUACACGGUGGAUUUUCAACUAAAAUUGCGGCGAAGAAACUACGUGACGCCUAAACAUUACCUAGAUUUUAUAAAUAUUUUUCUGCGUCUUUUGGUGGAAACGAAAAAUUACAUAAAUUCGCAAUGCAAUCGACUUUCUGGAGGUCUGCAAAAAAUUGCCGAGGCUUCGACGACUUUGAACGAGUUAAACGAGAUUCUAGCCGUGCAAAGAGUAAAAGUAGCCGACCAGACGAGGAAUUGCGAGCAAUUGUUGGCUUCUAUAGGAGAAAGUACGGAUAUCGCGAUGGAGAAAAAGCAGUUCAGCGAGAAGGAGAGACAGGCGAUAGAAGUACAGAGGAAGAUCAUUACCAAGGAAGAGACGGAGGCCAAAGAAGCAUUGGCCGAAGCGCAACCUGCCUUAGACGCGGCCCGAUUGGCCCUUGGGGAACUCGAUAAAGCGGACAUCACCGAAAUAAGAUCGUUUGCAACGCCGCCUGAACCCGUACAAAUCGUCUCAGAAUGCGUGGCGAUACUGCGAGGCGUGAAAGAAAUCUCUUGGAAGAGUGCGAAAGCAAUGAUGAGCGAUCCAGCGUUUCUAAGACAAUUGCAAGAGAUGAAUUGCGACAAGAUCACUUUGAAGCAGCAGCAAGCUGUCAAAGCGCAUCUGAAGAAGACCACGAAAUUGGAUCAGAUGCAGUACAUCAGCAAAGCGGGAUACGGUUUGUACAGAUUCGUGCUCGCUGUGCUGGAUUACUGUGCCGUUUUCAGAGAGGUUAAACCAAAGAUAGACAGAGUUAAAGAAUUGGAGGCCGAAUCGGAACGAGCUCGAAAAGCUUUGGAAAAGGAGGAACGAGAAUUACGAAGGCUGGAAAAAACCAUCACAGACUUAAACGCGAAAUACGAGAAAGCUAUGGAUGAAAGGCAAAAGUUGCAGGAGGAGACCGAUCUGCUUCAGAGACGUUUGAUAGCCGCCGACAAGUUGAUCAGCGGAUUGUCCUCUGAAAACGAGCGAUGGAAAAAGGAUUUGGAGGAUCUGCACGUUCAGAUAGAGAAGAUCAUUGGAAAUUGUCUUCUUUCCGCUGGAUUUCUCGCUUAUUGCGGCCCAUUCUCGUACGAAUACAGAAAUCAAAUGGUAUACGAGGAUUGGUGGAACAGUAUAGUGAGUAAAGAGAUCCCUUUCAUGGACACGUACAAGAUUCAAACGGAAUUGACUGACGACGUUGAAAUUAGCAAAUGGACAUCCGAGGGUCUACCACCGGACGAGCUAUCCGUACAAAAUGGAAUUCUGACCUUGAGAGCAUCGAGAUUCCCCGUUUGCAUCGAUCCUCAGCAACAAGCUCUGAAUUGGAUCAAAAAAAAGGAGCACAAGCAUUUGAAAAUUCUAUCAUUUACCGAUCCAGAUUUCCUGAAACAGGUGGAACUGGCGAUAAAAUAUGGUCUACCGAUUCUCUUCCAAGAUGUCGAUGAGAUCGAUCCCGUGUUGGAUAACGUCCUAUCCAAGAACAUACAGACCGUAGCAGGUAGAUCGUUCGUCCUUCUUGGUGAUAAAGAAGUGGAUUACGAUCCGAAAUUUCGAAUGUACCUUACCACCAAGAUGUCGAAUCCUAUAUUCGAUCCUGCGGUAUACUCCAAGGCAACAGUGAUCAAUUAUAUGGUGACUUUAGGGGGCCUGGAAGACCAAUUAUUGUCGGUGGUCGUUCGAACAGAGAGGCCAGACAUCGAGGAGCAACGCGAAUCACUGAUCGCCGAGACCAGCGAAAACAAGAAUCUUCUUCAACAAUUAGAAGACAGUUUACUUCUGGAAAUAGCAACGAACACGGGAAACAUGUUGGAUAAUAUCGAGCUGAUCGAAACUUUGGAAAAUACGAAAGCCAGCGCCGAGGAGGUGAUGAGAAAAUUGUACCUCGCCGAAGUUACAGCCAUUGAUGUGAACAAGCUUCGAGAUGGUUAUCGAUCGGUAGCUCAAAGAGGAGCGAUACUCUUCUUUGUUCUCGCGGAUAUGGCCACGGUUAACUCGAUGUAUCAAUACUCUUUGAUCAGUUACGUGGAGGUGUUUAUUUAUUCGUUGAGGAAAGCACUUCCGGAUCCGACGUUGCAACGCCGUCUGCAGAAUAUCAUCCCAAUGUUGACGAAAAAUGUUUACGAUUACGGAUGCACGGGAAUCUUUGAGAAGCAUAAAUUAUUGUUCUCAUUCCAAAUUUGCACAAAAUUGGAACAAAGUAUAAGUAACGUGAGCCAACAACAAUUGGAAUUUUUUAUCAAAGGAUGUAUCAGUUUGGAGAAGGCGCCUAAGGUUAAUCCUACAGAAUGGUUACCAGCGACUGGAUGGGCCGAUUUGUUGAAAUUGAGUACCGAUUUCCCAGAAAAUUUUGCAAAUGUCGCGGACGAACUUGGUAUCCAUAUGGAUCAAUGGCAAACGUGGUACGACAUGGAUUCCCCAGAAUCUGCGGAAUUUCCCCUAGAUUAUUCCAACAAGUUAAGUCCUUUUGAGAAACUCAUGUUAAUGAGAUGUUUUCGCGUCGAUCGAGUUUAUCGAAGCAUCGUCAAUUACAUCACCGAGAUCAUGGGAGAAGAAUACAUCACCCCUCCACACAUUAGUUUCGAGUUAAUCUUCGAGCAGAGCACACCUACGAUGCCUAUCGUUUUCAUCCUAAGCCCUGGAUCCGAUCCAACCUCGGAAUUAAUGAAAUUGGCGGACAAAUACGGUUGUGGCGGUGGAAGAUUUAAACAUUUAUCCCUUGGCCAGGGCCAGGAAACUACCGCAAAAGAAUUGCUAGAGGGUGCCGUGGUUAGAGGACAAUGGCUCAUGUUGCAAAAUUGCCAUCUACUCUUGAGUUUCACCAAAGAUUUGGAAAAAUUGUUGGAGAACAUCGGAAAGCCUCAUCCAGAUUUUCGUUUGUGGCUCACCACCGAUCCAACUCCCAAUUUUCCUAUUGGAAUAUUGCAACAAUCUUUGAAAGUGGUCACGGAACCACCCAGUGGAUUGAAAUUGAAUCUCGAAAGUACCUAUUUAAAAAUGAGGCCACAAGUGCUGGAAAGUUGCACUCAUCCCGCUUACAAGCAUAUAAUUUAUGUGUUGGCUUUCUAUCAUGCGGUCGUUCAAGAAAGAAGGAGGUACGACAAGAUUGGUUGGAAUAUAAAUUAUGAUUUCAAUGAGUCGGAUUUCAAUGUGUCCACUAUUAUUCUGGACACGUAUUUAACUAAAGCGAUUCAAACGAAUGAUACCAAACUCCCUUGGAACAGUUUAAAGUAUUUGAUCGGUGAAGUAAUGUACGGUGGACGAGUGAUAGAUUGCUACGAUCGUCGAGUAUCCGAGACUUAUAUGGACGAAUAUUUUGGAGACUUUCUUUUCGACAGUUUUCAGCCCUUCCACUUUUAUGUGGACGAAGAAUUCGAUUACGUGAUACCACCAGAAGGGAAUUAUGAUGAUUAUCUCGCGUUCAUCGAUCAACUGCCACUUGUCAAUACUCCAGAUGUGUUUGGAUUGCAUCCAAAUGCCGAAAUUGGUUAUUUCACUCACGCCGCGAAAGAAAUGUGGAUCAAUCUUAUAGAACUGCAGCCCCAAACUGAAGUUAGCGCAACUGGAAUAAGCAAAGACGAAUUUAUCGAUAAUCUUGCAAAAGAUAUACUGGAUAAAAUUCCUGCCGAAUAUGACAUUAAUAAAGUGAGAAAAAGUUUUGGACCAACUAUAACGCCAAUCUCGAUCGUUCUUCUUCAAGAAUUGGACAGAUUUAAUAAACUGAUCAGGAUGAUGAAAAGAUCGUUGAUUCAACUGAGGAAAGCUAUCGCUGGAGAAAUCGGAAUGGACAUGACUCUUGAAAGUAUAGCUACAGCGUUAUAUAACGGUGUAUUACCAAUGCAAUGGGCCAUGCUAGCACCAGACACAAAAAAAACAUUAGCUGGAUGGGUAGAACACUUUGAGAAGAGGAUACAACAAUAUAAUAGUUGGAUUACUUCGGGCGAACCCGUAGUUCUCUGGUUAGCCGGCCUACACAUCCCAGAAACUUAUUUGGCAGCUCUUGUGCAAAUGGCCUGUCAUAGAAACAGUUGGUCUUUGGAUCGUUCUGUUAUGUACACGGCAGUGUCGAAAUAUACUAGACCUGAAUACAUAGAAGAUAAACCUGAUCAGGGUUGCUACGUAAGUGGAUUAUAUUUGGAAGGAGCCAGAUGGGAUAUAAAUGAAGAAUGCUUGAAAAGAUCGUUCCCGAAAAUCUUGAUAGAAGAAUUACCGAUAUUAAUCAUCAUUCCAAUCGAGGCUCAUAGACUCAGGCUUCAGAAUACUUUUAGAACACCAGUAUAUACCACGUCUAAUAGAAGAGAUGCUAUGGGAGUAGGUUUAGUUUUUGAAGCAAAUCUUGCCACCGCGGAACAUAUCUCUCAUUGGGUAUUGCAAGGAGUUUGUUUGAUAUUAAAUACCGAUUAAACGAUUAGGAUUACAGUGAUAAUAAUUACUUUUUCUUUCUACAAUGAAAACAAUAUAAAGACGUCAUGUACAGUAGACA